CUCUGAAGACGGACAGGGAGGGAGCUGAGGGGAAAAAACUAUCUGGUGUUCUGGCUUGUGUAAAACUGGUUUGUUGCACAUAGAAAGAAACAUAUUCGACAUUUUGGAUAUAGGAGUUGGAUUCGCUGUCGACGGGAGUGGACCCACGCGCUCAGCCAGGCAGAAGAGACCCGAAUUAGUCAUCUAGCUGGGAGAAAAGCUCCCACUAAGGCACCAGUUUACAUCAGGUUUAAGUUCAGUGGAAAAACAGAGCGGCAGUCAUGGUGGCCCUGUCAUUAAAGAUCGGUGUGGGCAAUGUAGUGAAGACCAUGCAGUUUGAGCCCUCCACCAUGGUCUACGAUGCCUGUCGCAUUAUCAGGGAAAGAGUCCCUGAGGCACAGCUUGGCCAGCCCAGUGACUAUGGUCUGUUCCUGUCUGAUGAAGAUCCAAAAAAAGGCAUCUGGCUUGAGGCAGGCAAGGCCCUGGACUACUACAUGUUGAGGAAUGGUGACACUCUGGAGUACAAGAAGAAGCAGAGGCCUUUGAAAAUCCGCAUGUUGGAUGGCACAGUGAAGACUGUCAUGGUGGAUGACUCCAAAAUUGUCAGCGACAUGCUCAUGACUAUCUGUGCCAGAAUAGGCAUCACAAACUAUGAUGAAUACUCACUGGUGCGAGAUAUUGGCGAGGAGAAGAAGGAGGAGACCACAGGCACUCUGAAGAGAGACAAGACCCUGCUACGAGAUGAUAAGAAGAUGGAGAAGUUAAAGCAGAAACUCCAUACAGACGAUGAGUUGAACUGGCUGGACCAUGGCAGGACGUUGAGGGAACAGGGUGUUGAGGAGACAGAGAUGUUACUGCUGAGGAGGAAGUUCUUUUACUCAGACCAGAAUGUGGAUUCUAGAGACCCUGUCCAGCUGAACCUUCUCUAUGUUCAGGCCCGCGAUGACAUUCUGAAUGGCUCACACCCAGUCUCCUUUGACAAGGCCUGUGAGUUUGCUGGUUACCAGUGUCAGAUCCAGUUUGGCGAUCACAAUGAGUCCAAACACAAGCCUGGAUUCCUUGAUUUGAAAGAGUUCCUUCCCAAAGAGUACAUCAAACACAAAGGAGAGAAAAAGAUCUUCCAGGCACACAAAAACUACCAAAAUAUGACGGAGAUCGAGGCCAAAGUCAGCUAUGUGAAGCUUGCCAGGUCUCUCAAAACCUAUGGGGUGUCAUUCUUUCUUGUAAAGGAAAAGAUGAAAGGUAAAAACAAACUAGUGCCUCGUCUGCUGGGUAUCACCAAGGAAAGUGUGAUGAGGGUUGAUGAGAAGACGAAGGAGGUGAUCCAGGAGUGGAACCUGACCAACAUCAAACGCUGGGCUGCCUCACCCAAAAGCUUCACUCUGGACUUUGGAGACUAUCAAGACGGAUACUACUCAGUGCAAACAACUGAGGGAGAGCAGAUAGCCCAGCUGAUUGCGGGUUACAUUGACAUCAUCCUAAAGAAGAAAAAGAGCAAAGACCACUUUGGCCUGGAGGGGGAUGAAGAGUCGACCAUGCUGGAAGACUCUGUGUCACCCAAGAAGUCCACAGUGCUGCAGCAGCAGUUCAACAAGGUAGGUAAGCCGGAGACAGGUUCAGUUGCCCUGCCGGCUAUCAUGCGCUCAGGAGCUGGAGGUCCAGAAAGUUUCCAGAUGGGCUCCAUGCCGCAGGCCAAACAGCACAUCACCAGUGGACAGAUGCACAGAGGACACAUGCCUCCACUGACAUCAGCUCAGCAAGCUCUGACCGGGACCAUCAACUCCAGUAUGCAGGCUGUCCAGGCUGCUCAGGCCUCUUUGGAUGAGUUUGACACCCUGCCACCUCUUGGGACAGAUGCUGCCUCCCAAGCCUGGCGCAAAAACAAGAUGGAUGAAUCCAAACAUGAGAUCCACUCCCAGGUUGAUGCCAUCACAGCAGGCACCGCUUCCAUGGUCAACCUCACUGCAGGUGACCCAGCAGAGACAGACUACACAGCUGUGGGCUGUGCUGUGACCACCAUCUCGUCAAACUUGACAGAGAUGUCUAAAGGUGUCAAACUGUUGGCUGCCCUCAUGGAGGAUGAAGGUGGAAAUGGACAGCAACUGUUAGGCGCUGCCAAGAACUUGGCCUGUGCCGUUUCUGACAUGCUGAAGACUGCCCAACCUGCCAACACCGAGCCUCGUCAGGUCCUGCUCCAGGCUGCAGGGAAUGUUGGCCAAGCCAGUGGCGAGCUGCUGUCUCACAUUGGAGAAACAGAUACUGAUCCACACUUCCAGGACAUGCUUAUGCAGCUGGCUAAGGCUGUGGCUAAUGCCGCUGCUGCUUUGGUUUUGAAAGCCAAGAAUGUGGCCCAGAAAACAGAGGACUCAGCCCAGCAGAACCGAGUUAUUGCUGCAGCAACUCAGUGUGCUCUGUCCACCUCUCAGCUGGUGGCUUGCACAAGGGUGGUGGCCCCGACCAUUAGUUCUCCUGUGUGCCAGGAGCAACUGAUUGAAGCAGGCAAGCUUGUUGCCAAAUCUGUAGAAGGCUGUGUGGAGGCUUCACAUGGUGCCACCAAUGAUGAGGGCCUCCUGAAACAAGUGGGUGUUGCAGCUACAGGCGUCACCCAGGCCCUUAAUGACCUACUUCAACAUAUCAAACAGUAUGCCAGUGGAGGCCAGCCUAUUGGACCCCAUGGUGAAGCCACUGAUCGCAUCCUGGAUGUCACUGAGAACAUCUUCAGCUCCAUGGGAGAUGCUGGUGAGAUGGUGCGUCAGGCACGUAUCUUGGCACAGGCCACCUCCGAUUUGGUCAAUGCCAUCAAAAUGGAUGCUGAGGGUGAAUCGGACCUGGAGAACUCACGAAAGCUGCUAUCAGCUGCCAAGCUGCUUGCUGAUGCCACUGCCAAGAUGGUGGAGGCUGCUAAGGGUGCAGCAGCAAACCCUGACAGUGAAGAGCAGCAGCAGAAGUUGCGAGAGGCUGCCGAGGGUCUCCGCAUGGCCACCAAUGCUGCUGCGCAGAAUGCCAUCAAGAAACGUCUGGUCAAUAAGCUGGAGAAUGCAGCGAAGCAGGCUGCAGCAGCUGCCACUCAGACCAUUGCCGCUGCUCAGCACGCUGCCUCGUCCAAUAAGAACCUAGCUGCCCAGCAGCAGCUUGUCCAGAGCUGCAAGGUGGUGGCUGAGCAGAUUCCUCAGUUGGUCCAAGGUGUCCGAGGCAGCCAGUCCCAGCCUGACAGCCCCAGUGCCCAGCUUGCCCUCAUUGGUGCCAGCCAGAACUUCCUCCAGCCUGGGGCCAAGAUGGUGACUGCUGCCAAAGCCACAGUGCCCACCAUCGGUGACCAGGCCUCAGCCAUGCAGCUCAGCCAGUGUGCCAAAAACCUGGCCAGUGCUCUGGCAGAGCUGCGCACCGCCUCACAGAAGGCUCAGGAAGCAUGUGGGCCACUGGAAAUAGAUAACGCUCUGUCAACAGUAAGGGGUCUGGAGAAGGACAUGCAGGAGGCCAAAGCCUCAGCUGAGGAAGGGAAACUCAAACCCCUGCCUGGAGAAACAUUGGAGAAGUGUUCCCAGGAUCUGGGCACCAGUACAAAGGCUGUGAGCUCAGCUAUUGCCCAGCUGCUGAGUGAGGCCACCCAUGGCAACGAGAACUACACAGGCAUAGCAGCCAGAGAUGUUGCCCAGGCCCUGAAGUCACUGGCCUCGGCUGCUAGGGGAGUUGCUGCUACUACAGCUGACAUCCCAGCCCGUGAUGCCAUGCUGGAUUGUGCUGCUGAUGUCAUGGACAAAUCAGCCAACCUGAUUGAGGAGACCAAAAGGGCUAUUGCCAAGCCAGGAGACCCAGAGAGUCAACAGAGGCUGGCCCAGGUGGCCAAAGCAGUUUCUCAGGCCCUGAACCGGUGUGUUAACUGCCUUCCAGGCCAGAGGGAUGUGGACAACGCCAUUCGCACCGUGGGUGACGCCAGCAAGGCACUACUUGCUGAUUCGUUUUCACCUAGUGGAAAGAGUUUCCAGGAGAUCCAGGCUCAGCUAAAUGAGGCAGCAGCUGGUCUGAACCAGUCAGCCAAUGAGGUGGUACAGUCAUCCAGAGGAACCACACAGGACCUGGCCAGGGCCACCAGCAAAUUUGGACAGGAUUUCAGCAGCUUCCUUGAAGCUGGAGUUGACAUGGCUGGCACAUCCCAGUCUAAAGAGGACCAGACACAGGUUGUGUCCAACCUGAAGACUAUCUCCAUGUCUUCUAGUAAGCUGCUUCUGGCAGCCAAAGCCCUCUCCACCGACCCCAGCUCCCCCAACCUCAAGAACCAGCUGGCAGCUGCUGCUCGAGCGGUUACCGACAGUAUUAACCAACUCAUCACCAUGUGUACUCAGCAGGCUCCAGGCCAAAAGGAGUGUGACAAUGCACUCAGAGAACUGGAGUCAGUCAAGGGGAUGUUGGAGAACCCUGUUGAAGCAGUCAGUGACCUCUCUUACUUUGACUGUAUUGAUAGCGUCAUGGAGAACUCCAAGGUCCUUGGUGAGUCCAUGGCUGGCAUUUCCCAUAAUGCCAAGAACUCUAACCUGCCAGAGUUCGGUGAUUCAGUCAGCACCGGCUCCAAAGCCUUGUGUGGCCUCACUGAAGCAGCUGCGCAGGCUGCCUACCUUGUGGGAGUCUCAGACCCCAACAGCUCAGCAGGUCAGAAGGGCCUGGUGGACCCUGCCCAGUUUGCCAGGGCUAACCAAUCAAUUCAGAUGGCUUGCCAAAAUCUGGUGGACCCAGCUUGCACUCAGUCACAGGUUCUCUCUGCAGCCACCAUUGUUGCUAAGCAUACCUCUGCACUGUGUAACGCCUGCCGCUUGGCUUCCUCCAAAACCUCCAACCCUGUUGCCAAGAGGCAGUUUGUCCAGUCAGCCAAAGAAGUGGCUAACAGCACAGCCAACCUGGUGAAAUCCAUCAAGGCUUUGGAUGGAGCAUUUAACCAGGAGAACCGAGAGAAGUGUAAGGCUGCAACUGGACCUCUGAUCGAGGCUGUGGACAACCUGACAGCCUUUGCCUCCAACCCAGAGUUUGCCAGUGUUCCUGCCCAAAUCAGCCCUGAGGGUCAUGCAGCCAUGGAACCCAUUGUGGCGGCAGCAAAGACAAUGCUGGACAGCUCAACUGGUCUGAUCCAAACCGCACGCUCCCUGGCUGUCAAUCCCAAAGACCCCCCCAAGUGGUCAGUGCUGGCUGGAUACUCCAGGACUGUGUCAGACUCCAUCAAGAAACUCAUCACCAACAUGAGAGACAAGGCUCCUGGCCAGAGAGAGUGUGAUGAAGCUAUUGAGGUGCUGAACAGCUGCAUCCGAGAAGUCGACCAAGCCUCCCUGGCUGCCAUCAGCCAGCAGUUAACGCCUCGCGAAGACAUCUCCCACGAGGCUCUCCAUGAACAGAUGGCUGCCUCAGUGCAUGAGAUCAGCAAUUUGAUUGAGCCUGUAGCUGUUGCUGCUCGGUCUGAGGCCUCCCAGCUUGGCCACAAGGUAUCUCAGAUGGCAAGCUACUUUGAACCUCUGAUCAUGGCAGCAAUUGGUACAGCAUCUAAGAUUCUCAGCAGCCAGCAGCAGAUGGCCGUCUUAGACCAGACCAAAACCUUGGCAGAGUCAGCCCUCCAGAUGCUCUACACUGCCAAGGAAGCCGGAGGAAACCCCAAGGCGGCUCACACGCAGGAGGCCCUGGAAGAGUCAGUGCAGAUGAUGAAGGAAGCAGUAGAUGACCUGGGUGCCACCCUGGCCGAGGCAGCCAGUGCAGCAGGUGCUGUAGGUGGCAUGGUGGACUCCAUCAACCAGGCCAUUAAUAAAAUGGAGGACGCACCUGGAGGUGAACCCAGCGGCACCUUUGUCGACUACCAGACCACCAUGGUUAAGACAGCCAAGGCCAUUGCUGUCACAGUACAGGAGAUGGUUACUAAGUCUAACACCAACCCUGAUGACCUUGGAGGAUUGGCCAACCAGCUGACCAAUGAGUUUGGAGAGCUGGCUACUGAGGCCAAAUAUGCUGCCAUCACUGCAGAGAAUGAUGAGAUUGGUUCCCAUAUUAAGAAGCAGGUGGGCGAGCUUGGUUUCAGCUGUACCAGCCUGGUUACCAAAGCUGGAGCUCUGCAAUGCAGUCCUAAUGACACUUUCACCAAGAAGGAGCUGAUUGAGAGUGCCCGCAAAGUCUCUGAAAAGGUAUCCCACGUCUUGGCAUCCCUCCAGGCAGGUAACCGGGGCACCCAGGCUUGCAUCACUGCAGCCAGUGCUGUGUCUGGCAUUAUUGCCGACCUCGACACCACCAUCAUGUUUGCCACUGCUGGCACUCUCAACAGAGAGAAUGCUGAGACAUUUGCUGACCACAGAGAGAACAUCCUGAAAACAGCAAAGGCGCUGGUGGAGGACACCAAGCUGCUGGUGUCUGGUGCUGGAGCCAGUCAGGAGAAACUGGCCCAGGCUGCCCAGUCCUCGGUCUCAACUAUCACCAAACUGGCAGAUGUGGUCAAACUGGGAGCUGCCAGCCUGGGUGCUGAGGACCCAGAGACACAGGUGGUGCUGAUUAAUGCAGUGAAAGAUGUGGCCAAGGCCCUGGGUGACCUCAUCAGUGCCACUAAGGCAGCAGCGGGCAAACCUCACGAUGACCCCACCAUGCUUCAGCUGAAGAACUCUGCUAAAGUGAUGGUCACCAAUGUGACCUCAUUGCUGAAGACUGUGAAGGCAGUAGAAGAUGAAGCCACCAAGGGAACCAGGGCUUUAGAGGCCACAAUUGAACACAUCAAACAGGAGCUGGCUGUGUUCAGCAGCUCUGACCCACCACCAAAGACAGCCACACCAGAGGAGUUCAUCCGCAUGACUAAAGGCAUCACGCAGGCAACUGCCAAGGCAGUGGCCGCUGGGAACUCUUGUCGCCAGGAGGACAUCAUCGCCACUGCCAAUCUUAGCAGAAGGGCUAUCGCUGACAUGCUGCACUCCUGCAAGCAAGCUGCCUAUCACCCAGAAGUCAGCAAGGAGGUGCAGAUCAGAGCGCUGCGUUAUGGAAAUGAAUGUGCUGCUGGGUACCUAGGACUACUGGAGCAUGUGCUGGUGAUCAUCCAAAAACCCUCCCAUGACCUGAAGCAGCAGUUGGCCAACUACUCGAAGCGUGUGGCUGGAUCCGUCACUGAGCUCAUACAGGCUGCCGAGGCCAUGAAAGGUACAGAGUGGGUGGAUCCUGAAGAUCCCACUGUUAUUGCAGAGAAUGAGCUCCUGGGAGCAGCAGCAGCCAUUGAAGCAGCUGCUAAGAAACUGGAGCAGCUGAGACCCAGGACCAAACCCAAGGAGGCAGAUGAGAGCCUGAACUUUGAGGAGCAGAUUCUGGAGGCAGCCAAGUCCAUUGCAGCUGCCACCAGCGCUCUGGUCAAAGCUGCUUCAGCAGCGCAGAGGGAACUGGUGGCUCAAGGAAAGGUUGGCGCUAUCCCAGCCAAUGCCGUGGAUGAUGGACAGUGGUCUCAGGGGCUCAUUUCAGCUGCUCGAAUGGUUGCAGCAGCAACGAACAACCUAUGUGAGGCAGCUAAUUCUGCAGUACAAGGUCAUGCUAGUGAGGAGAAGCUCAUAUCUUCAGCCAAGCAGGUGGCAGCAUCCACUGCUCAGCUCCUGGUGGCCUGCAAGGUCAAGGCUGACCAGGACUCGCAGACCAUGAAGAGGCUACAGGCUGCCGGGAACGCUGUCAAGAGAGCCUCUGAUAACCUUGUGAAGGCGGCCCAGAAAGCAGCCUUUGACGCGCAGGACGACCAGGCCGUGGUGGUCAAGAGUAAGAUGGUGGGCGGUAUCGCUCAGAUCAUCGCCGCUCAAGAGGAGAUGCUCCGGAAGGAAAGGGAAUUGGAUGAGGCCAGGAAGAAGCUGGCCAUGAUCAGACAGCAGCAGUACAAGUUCCUGCCUACGGAGCUGCGAGAGGACGGGCAGGAGCAGUGAGAGUGUACGCCUACACACGCAUUUCUCUAAUGCAGCGGUGACAAAUCAGAUGCUCAGGGCCUCACCCUAGAUAUUUUUAAAGAACAGAGGAGGAAAUCUUUAAGGUAUUAUGCUUUAGAACUGUAUCAUUUGGCAAAUUGACAAAGAAACUCUUGGGGGUAUAAGAUAGAGAAGAUGCAUCACAGUGUUUAUUUUUAAUGUAUUUUCUUUGGUUGAUUUCCAUAUUUUUAUGAGCAUAGUAGGGCAACUUAUUAAUUUUGGUAAUGGAAAAAAAUAUAUGCAAGUCUUUAAGAUAACUGUGCUUUUAAUCAUAUGCAUUUAAUAUAAUAUCGGGGUUCUUUAAGUUACUCUGUCUGUGGGUUGCAUGUCUUCACUGUGUACACACUGUGCUACUUGGUAAAUUCACAAUGAAGCUUUUUGCCCUUACCAUUAAAACAGGUUUCCAACAGUUAUUCUGCACACACACACACACACACACACACACACAGAUAAGAUAGAUAUAGAUGCAUAAUAUGAGCAUGAUAACUAUUGGAAAUGUUUAUGGGCCAACAGAGGGGAUGUUUGUGAUACUUGACUGUGCAACUGGGGUCUCACCCUUAACAAAUGCAGUGCUUCAGUCAGACGGUGAUGAUGACGAUGAUGAUGAUGAUGAAGAUGAAGCGGUUAUUAGUGCGUGCCUGUCAGGACACACACGUUGUUUCAAUCUGAACGAAGCACACUGAACUGCAUUUGGUUGUAAUUUGGACCAGAGCUGCAAUUAUUAACUUUGCAAUGAAACAAAUCAGAGACGGGGGGGGGGGACUUUUUUUUUUUUUUUUUAAGUUACGAAAUGUGUUUAAAUGGUAUCUUCUAUUAAAUCUCUAUAUUAAUAAAAAAAAAAUCUACGUUUUUUAAUGUCAAUAUUUGGACUAAUGCAGUUAUUUCAGAUUAGAUUGAAUUUGAUGUCUUGUUUGUUGAAAGAUCAUGAAGCCAUAUAUUUUAUUUUAUUUCAGGAUGUUGCAAUUUGAAUCAUGAAUGACUUUCUCUGGGUGCUGCUUCUUAAAUAGAGUAUGUGCAUGUAGUAAUUGAUAAUAACCAAUGUUUCUGUUUGUUUUUUGAUUUUCCUUCUUUUUUUAUGCGCAGUCACUCAACAGCAAUUUCUGUCGUCACAGUACAAUCUUCUUACAUCCGUGCUACAUAUGUCAUGUUUUUUGUUAUUUCUACCAUUAGUACAUUUCUGUAUCACUGCCUAAGGCCUCAUUUUAACCGCUGUAUUUUUUUUUCCAGCACAUCAAUGAAUAAAAAGACCCUACAUAAUGUAUUUUCCAAGUGUAUUUAACUGUCAACAUUUCCACAUUUAAGUGCCCUUAAUCAUUUGUUUAGCAUAGCAGAAUUUCAUAUGAAUCUACUUUUAUACACAUUUUUCUCUCGCAUAUUUUUUUAUCUUAACAAAAAACAUGGCGGAGCAGAACCAGUAUGCCUAAUAUAUAAGUGUUUGAAUUUGUAUAAUCAUACUAAGUUUCAAAAUGUCGCUUCUUUGUGUUUUUUGUUCUUUUCUUUUCACAUUUUGACAUCAAUAUAAAUUUACUGCUAUGAAAGUACCACCUCAUUGGCACUGCAAUAGACAUUUAUGGUCAAUAAAGCUGGUUUUCCUUGACAA